CCGUCGUCACACCCGGGCCAAAGGAUGUAUUCUAGCAUCGAUUACUUGAGGGGUGACCCCAAUCUGGAGUGUACGGCGGGAACGAUGAACGACGUAAAGCAAACCAUCAUCAAAAAGCUGGCCAUCGAAGUUGGGUAUACUCCGUUUGUUAGCACCCGGGAACAUCUGGUACAGUAUGUCCCACAGUCCGUGGAUGUGCUUCCACCUCGCAGCAUGCAGGAUUCCUUCACGUCGGCAAUAAUUCCUCUUACGACCGACAAGAUCCUGAAGGACAAAUACGUCGGGUUCAUGGGCAAUGUGCGCCUCGGUCGGUUGAUGGAAGAUAUGGACAUGUUUGCGGUGUGGGUCGUUCAUAAGCAUGUCCUGCUACCGGACCUUCCGGAAGGCGUAGCGCUACCGUAUACUUUCGUGACCAUACUGGUCGAUAAGAUCGAUUUUAGCGACCUGAUGCCAACGCACGAUGCUGAUAUUCGACUUUCCGGACACGUUAGUUGGGUUGGGCGCACCUCGGUCGAGAUAGUUGUGUGGAUGGAGCAAAAGCUGCAUGGAAAAUGGCGUAAGCUGACGCGGGCACUGUUCCUGAUGGCAGCACGCGAUGCAACCAACACCAAGGCGGCCUUCAUCAAUCCGCUCGUUCCGGCCAACGCCGAAGAGAAGGCCAUAUUCGAUGGAGGAGAAUCACGUAAAAAACGACGAGGUCAGUUGCAAAAGGAAGACCUACUGAAAGCCGAACCGAACGACUUUGAGCAGCGGAUGGUUCAUGAUUUGUUUGUCAAAUCCAUCGACACCAAAAGCCGCGCAUUCAACAAGCGCAUCCUGCCACCGGGUUAUGUAUGGAUGGAGGAAGCUACAAUGGCCAACAUCGUGUUCUCGCACCCGGAAGAUCGCAACGCACACAACAAGGUGUUUGGUGGCUUUCUGAUGCGUAAUGCUCUCGAACUGAGCUGGGCGUUGGCGUACAACUUUGCCAAGCGUCGCCCGAAGCUGGAGCGCAUCUCGGACAUCAGCUUCCACCAUCCGGUGGACGUGUCGUCGAUGUUGAACAUGCAGGCGCACGUAAUCUACACCGAUUUGCAUUACAUGGAGAUAGUGGUGCUGGCAGAUGUAUACGAUGCCGUCACCGGGCAGCAGACGACAACGAACAGUUUCUUCUACACGUACUCGGUGGCCGAACGGUUACCGAAAAUAAUGCCCAAAACGUACCACGAGGCGAUGUACUAUUUGGAUGGGCGACGGAAGUUCCGGUACGCCAUGGGCAUCGAUACACCGACAGCCGGAACGAGCGCAACCAACCCAGCGACAGAUGAAACGAAAAGCAAACUUUAAGCCAAACAAACGUUUUUACGACAAUCCUUUCUGUGAAAUGUUUAUGUUUACUUUAACCAUCGACACCCAGUGUUAGGUUCACGGUAAUUUAUUCGUCAUGCUCUAUACUUUUAAUAUUUGUAGCGCUUCAAAAGCUGAAAUUUGUGUUGUUACAUUAGGUGAACUUUGUUUUUGCCACCGACAGUGUUUACAGGUAUUUUUGUUUGUAUGCUUCAAAAGAAAAUAUAAUUGAUAAU